AUUAGCGACUAGCGAAAAGCGAUUACAAAGAUUCGUCUUUGUAAUCGCUUUCUUGAAGUUUUACUAAUAAAUUACUUUCAUGUGCUUUUACUACUAUAACUGGAGAACAUUUAUUGAUAAUGAUGUCAACUACAGAAGGAGAAUUGGACGUUGAAGUAGCCCAAGAACUAGAAGAUGGCGAGUUGGAGGAUUCAGAUGUGGAAGAAGGCACUUAUAUUCCUUUGGAGCGUCCAGAAGUGUUCAACCCGCCUUCUUUAGUAAAUAUGCAGAUUCAGGACGAGCAAAGCGAUGAGGCUUCGCUCGAAUCGUCGGGCUCUGAGUCGGACGAUGAACCGAGGCGUCGGGCGAAACGCACUAAAUUGAGACCACGACGCCCACAGCCACAAGCCCAAUCAGGGCGCAAUAACAAAUACAAUAUAUGGUGCCAAGCUUUGCAGGAAGACCUAUUAACUGAAGACAUGGUUACAUGUGAUGUAUCAAAGAAAAGCAGAUACGGCGUUGAGUCUUAUGAUUAUACCAUUAAGUAUAGAUUAGACGAUAACUAUAUUUCUAAAAAAGUUUUUAGUAGUAAUCAUGAAAACCAUCACGCCAAUAAGAGUCACAAUAAGAGGACAUUCUCGGACAGAUCCAAUGUGAAGUUAAGGUUAGGGAAGCGGGUGAACAGCCACCAAGUUCCUGAAGAGAAACAGAAUCCAAGAUUACUGCCAGAUCUAGUUUUUACAGCUGAUGAUCCUUUGGAAAGUAUUGCCAGUGAAAUAGCUGAAAAACUUGCUGAGGAGAAGAAGGAUCUAAUUGCAAGGAUUGUGGAGGUGCUGGGAGCAAGUAAGGCGAUUGAAAUUUAUAAAGAAACACAAACAGUAGAAGCAGAUGGUGGAAUGCUUGUUAUGAAUGGUACCCGUCGCAGGACGUCUGGUGGUGUAUACUUCUUCCUUUUGAAGAGAGAUGAUGAAGUAUCACAAGCCAUGGUGAACAAGAUAUUCAAUGAGGAUCGUAAGGAAACGGCGCGAAAAAUUAAGAAGGGCCGCGUUAAGAGUCGCCAAAAGGUCAUGGAACAGUUGAAACAAAGUCUUACAGACUCCGAACUGCCAUCACUAUUAUCUCGAGGUGAAGCGACAGUGCAAACGGAGCACGGUUCUAACCCGCCACCCUCACCUGCGACCGACGCCCGCGAGUGCUCGAGCGACACUGACGAGCACUCGCCCGAACAGGAGCACCUCCCCUCCCCCGCGCGACCACAAUCCCCCCUCCCCGAUAGAACGAGACCACUACAAGAAUAUGAAGAUGGAGACUACUUGGAGGUUAUGUGUAAUGAUGAAAUGGACUUCUUCUAAAUUUUGGUGCUUUUUUUAUAUUGAACUAAAUUAUCCUUCGACUGUGUCUCGACAGAGUAGAGGCAAUGAGUUGAAUGACGAGUCCUAUUAGGGAACAGAUUGGUAUGAUUAGAUACCAGUAAUUAAUGGGAAAUGCUUGAGGUUCAUUUCUAGAAAUAUGCAUUUAACUCCAAUGUUAUUUGCUCAUUUGUGCUCUACUCUGCUGAUUUGUAUAAAUCCUCAUUGAUUGAGGUAAUUAUGCAUUCAUAAGUGCACCCAGGGCUGUGAUUUAACUGCGGCCCAAUUCCCUUAGAUUGUUGUAAUAUAAAUGUGCUUGUAUAGUACUCGUCAAUUUAUAUUGUUUUUCGUGAGACUGAAACGUUUGCAUUUGUUAUGUAUUAUGAUAGACAGGGGUCUAUAUAUAUAAAACGUUGUUGAACUUCUCAGUUUUGUGUAGACUAGCAAUAUCAAUCGCCGGGUACUUGAAAUUUGGAUGUCUCGAGAAUAUAUUGAACUGUAUAUUGAAAUUUUAAACAUUGUCUGAGAGGAAUGGAUAUCACGAUUAUUGAAUGUUACUAUAUGAUAUUUAUAAUAUAAAGAUAACGCAAUAAUUCCAGUUGAAUACAUAUGUAGUUUGGCCCGAUAUUUGUGUAGAAGUUAGCUCCAGUGCCUGCAGAGAUGUGAAAAGUGCGAUCUAAUCGCGGCCGUACACGGACCGCUUCAAACAGUUGAGAUCGACGGCUUGAAGCCGCGCGGUGAACUAUAGACAUUCAUUCACUGCCGUACAAGGACUGUGUACAGCCGGUUUGUACCGACAGCUCGAGCAGUCAACGACCGACCGCUCGAGCCGUUCGUGUACGGCCGCUCUAAUUGUAGUAAAAAUAAUUGCGACCUUCUUAUAUUAAUACUAUUACUGUAUGGUAUGUUGUAAUACUAAAUAUACUAUUUUUACUUUUAUACUUAAUGUUAAGUGUUCGAUGUUUUUGUUACUUAUACAUAAUUAAGGGCAAAAACUCAUUGCAUUAUCUUGUUGCAGUCCUAUUGAUACUAAUAUAAAAAAAAAAUUAUCUUUUGUAGAUUUCACGAAAUUAAAUCUUUUUUGAUCUACGUUGAAAAAAGAAAUACAUACCAUCAUAAAAUCAGGCCCAAAUGUAAUACUUAUUCAAUUAAUGAAAAAAUGAAACAUAAGUUUUAAAGUUUUUCAUUUUAUCCUCAAAUUAUUGAGAUAGAUGUUCUGCUUACUUUUACUGACUAGGUAUACAAUUGCAUAACUAAGAUCUUUUGAAAGCUAUAGAUACACGCUCCAGAGAGGUAAUACCUUGGUCAGGUAAUUGCCUGACUCGUGUAUGCGUGCGGGUUAUGAGCAGCCAUUGCCGUUUUAUAAUACAUAAUUGAUGGAGUUUUAUCUAUCUAUCCUCUUGAUACGUCAUUAGACGGGUUUCAAUGUGGCUCUAAAUUCUCAUUCCUGUAACUAAAAUGUUACAGUGAAAACUGUUAAAAAUAUUUUUAUUCCAAGGUGCCUUCAGUUCUUGCUCUUAACAUGCUUUAGUAUAGCUUGUAAAGAUUUAAUUAAUUGUUUGCACAUUUAUUAUUUCAUAUUACAGCACAAAUAUUGAGUUGCUUUUUAUUUAUUCUUAGGUUACAGAAAUUAUUAUUUAGCAUGAGCAUCGAUAUUUAAAUGAUUCCUAAUGUUAAAUUAAACUACAAUAAUUAUUUUUAUAGAAAAGACUAAAUAAAUCCUGUUCCAAGUGUAUGCUGAAACAAUAACUUGGUAGA